AUGGGAGUUCUGUCGACCAAUUUUUUGGGCAACGCCAAAUCCAAACUCAGGUAUCUUUCGUCAACCUUAUAUUCGACUGCGUCUCAUGUUAAAUCCCAGGCACAUGUCCCUCGGGGUUUUGCGGUCGAUCCCAACAACAACGAUGGCAAAAUCCGGUUUCUGUUCAUGUACUUUGUCAAGAAUAUCAGGUAUUCUUCAGUAAUUUCUGCUGAAACCUCGUGGAAAGUUGAUGAACUUCGCUCGAAGAAAUUCGUUCGGUUCACGGCCAAAAGUUCCAAACCCCCACCCGAGGUUUUGGAGUAUGAUAUUGCCGCCAGUAUCGACGACCUGAUGUUGGUGUGGAGCUGGGCGCGUCUACGCCGGAGGAGAAACGAUAUUCUUUGGAACCCCACUAACGAUGAGAUAAAGCUCAUUUCUCUUCCCCCCGACUUCGAUCCUUUUUUUGUAGAUCUGUUAGUUGGCUUGGGGUUUGAUCCCGCCAAGCCUCAUGGCUAUAAGAUGGUCAAGAUUCUCAUAGACCACUGUGAAUUCAAAGCACCUCCAGAGUUCAGAGCAGCGCUUUACUCACUCGAAAACGAUUCUUGGAGGAAAAUAGCGUAUCCUUACCAGGAGCAGGGCAUACCAACUGCACGGGCAUCCAUUCGUGUAGGCGGCUCUUAUUACUGGGGACUAAGUUCCAUGCCUCGUUCGAUCAUCUCGUUCGAUUUUGCCAGUGAAAAGUUUUCGCCUAGCCCAAUUCCUUUCCCGGGCAAGAUUAGAUAUGAAACAGCCGAUUAUCUUCUUGUUGAAUUUGAUGGCUCUCUUGCUAUUCUUCUUCUGACCAAUGUCUCGAAUAAUGCCCAAGAGCCUUAUUCCACUUUCGAAAUUUGGGUGUGGAAUGAUGAGUCAUGGUCUCUAAAGUCCGAAUUCAAGAUCCCUGUUGCCAUUGAUCAUGUGGUGGGCCUCUUUGGGAAUAAUAAAUUGUUUGUCCAGGACAUCACAGGCAAGGUGUUGCUUUUCGAUGUUGCAGAGCCCAGAUUGGUUGACAUCACAGGCAUCUGUGCUGAUUCUAAGGCAGUUUGGAUUCUUCCGUAUGUUGAGAGUCCUGUUCCACUCAAUGCAUCAGAAUAA